UUUUUUUUUUUUUUUUUUUUUUUCUCUUCUUGCAUCUUAUCGCAGCUUGGUUUAUUCUCUGAUCGACUGUCAAGAUGAAGAUCCUUACCAAGGAAGAGGAACAAGAGCACUGGAACGCCACCGUCAAUGGAGGUAUUUUCGGCGGUGUUAUGGGCACGCUCGUCGGUACCGCCGGCGUAAUUAUCCUUCAGCGAAGAUACCCUACCUUUCGCGGCCUCACCGUCCCGUUCAGAACUUUCCUAGCGUGCUCCGCUGGUACUUUCGGAGCUAUCAUUGCAGCCGACCGUGCCUCGCGCCAAUUCGAGUCUGAACGAGCCCCGGAACGACAACAGAGACUUAAUGCUCAAGAACAGCUACAACAGCAAUUGGACGAGCAGAAGACAAAUCUACAGCGCGUGAAGGAUUGGGCCAACAAGAAUCGAUACACCAUCGUCUUCGGCUCAUGGCUCGCGUCGAUGGGUGUCUCCUUUGCCUUGGUACACCGGAACCCGUACCUGACCGGUGCUCAAAAACUGGUGCAGGCUCGUGUGUAUGCUCAAGGUCUCACGCUCGGUGUCCUUUUGACGAGUUUGGCUUUGGAAACAAACGAUGCGCGAACCAAGCAGGGACGGUGGGAAACGGUGAAGGUCCUGGAUCCGACGGAUCCGACGCACAAGCGCUUGAUCGAGAAGAGAGUGCAUCACGAGCGCUACCCAGGCGAGGACCAAUGGAUGGAUAUGGUUGCCGCUGAGGAACGGCGAAUGAAGGAGCGCGAAGCCAAGGUAAAAGCGGCCGCAGCCCAAUAGUUAGGACACAUGCUUUCAACGCCUCGAGACGGCCGAUUGACCCUGAACCUCUCUCGCCUCCACCCGCACUCCGGACAUGCAUCAGCAAGAGUCGGCGUUACAUUUUGGGUAUAGAGCUAUAGGAUACAUCUUUUAUCAGGACUUGCUGCAUAUGUGGUAGAAAAUGAAUGGUGUGUAUAUGUACAUAUAUUAGCGACUUGAGUACUGGCAUAAAUUCUCUGCUUUCUAUCUGAUAAGUCGGCUCUUUCUUGGUUUAUCGAAGCUUAUUCUUUGCCGGCACUAAAGAUGUUUGGCAUGAAGAAUUUUUUUUCCCGCUUCAGAAAAGAACUCGACAGAGGACGCAGGAGCCUUUUUGUGUUUCCAUCUCCGCUGCUUCAGGGGUCGGGUGCUCCAUCUUCUUCCAUGUAUCGGGAUACGUACCACUUCAGCGUUCCCGAUGUUCUAUCUUCCGGGCCUUACAAUCAUAAACCAGUAUGUGUUUCAAUGAACGUGAUCCUCUUCUGAACGGGAGAGGAGAUGCAGGUCAAUUUGAUCAUAAAACAUAGAAUACAAAUGAAGCGCAG